CCCCCGGCGGCGGCGGAAGUGACGCAGCGCUAUGGCGGAGGCGCCGGGCGCACCGGAGGAGUGCCCCGGGACCGGCAGCGCCCAGGCGGGCAGGGCGGCCGCCUGCCAGGGAUGCCCCAACCAGGGGCUGUGCGCGGCCGGCGCGGCCGGGCCGGACCCGGCGGAGGCGGCGGAGCUGCGGGCGCGGCUGCGGGCGGUGCGGCACACGGUGCUGGUGCUCUCCGGGAAGGGCGGCGUGGGCAAGAGCACCUUCAGCGCCCUCCUGGCGCACGGGCUGGCGGCGGACGAGACCAAGCAGGUUGCUUUGCUGGACAUAGAUAUCUGUGGGCCAUCAAUUCCUAAAAUUAUGGGUCUAGAAGGAGAACAGGUUCAUCAGAGUGGAUCUGGAUGGUCUCCAGUGUAUGUUGAAGAAAACUUAGGUGUCAUGUCAGUGGGGUUCUUGCUUAGUAGUCCUGAUGAUGCUGUCAUCUGGAGAGGACCAAAAAAGAAUGGGCUGAUCAAGCAGUUUCUGCGUGACGUGGACUGGGGUGAAGUGGAUUACCUGAUCGUGGACACGCCCCCAGGAACAUCAGAUGAGCACCUGUCCAUCGUGCAGUACCUCAGUGCCACCCGCAUCGACGGCGCUGUCAUCGUCACCACCCCCCAGGAAGUGUCACUUCAGGAUGUUCGGAAGGAGAUCAACUUCUGCCGCAAAGUGAAGCUGCCCAUCAUCGGCGUUGUGGAGAACAUGAGUGGCUUUGUGUGUCCCAAGUGUAAGAAUGAAUCUCAGAUCUUUCCUCCGACUACUGGUGGUGCGGAGAAGAUGUGCCAGAAUUUGAGUGUUCCUCUCCUGGGUAAAGUGCCUCUGGAUCCACAGAUAGGAAAAAGUUGUGACAGAGGCCAGUCCUUCUUGGCUGAAGCACCCGAGUCUCCAGCUACGUUGUCUUACAGGAAUAUCAUUCAAAGAAUUCAGGAAUACUGUGAACAACACCAUUUGCAAGAAGAAAAGAUAAUGUAAUCUGUUUCCUCUACUGUGUGUGUCUUCAGGCCUCCCUCAGACUCACAGAAAGCACGUUAUUUUGUCAUCAGUGCUUGGGGCACCUGGAGCCGCAGCUGAGGCUGCAGAGAGCAGUGCAGAGGGAGCUGCAGAUGGAGCUGCAGAGGGCACUGCAGAGGGCACUGCAGAGGGCACGGCGGUCCCGCACACCGGACAGCAGCGGCACAGCCAGCCGGGCUGGGGGCACUGCUGGAGGGCUCCAGAGAAUGUCCCAGUGGGCAGCACCUGGGUGCUGCUCUGCCAGGCUCAGUGGGGCUGCAGAGAGAAUGUCAGCAAGUGAAAGCAAAACCCCGACUUGACUCUGGCAGUGAUGCCAAAUGCCAUUCUAUUGUGCUUCUUUCCCCACCUCAGUGUGUUUGGGGGGCACUGGCAGUAUCAGAAUGCUCUGAUGCAGGUUCUCUUUUCCACCAUAUUCCAUGAAGGUGAAUAAAAUAUUAACUUCAAAAUACUGAAUCUGAACUAUUCAGCAUUGCUCUCCAUGUAGAUCUUUCCUGAAGAGGAUUCUGUGUAGGGAUUAACAAUGCAAAGAUGUGUUUGUUACAGGAUAUUCUCCUUAGAAAAUAAAACAGAACUACCAGGAACAUUUCAUACCUAUAGCACCAUGCUAUGAAUAUUUAUUCUGCUGAUCCACGUGUUGACAAUGCUAUGAGACCUGUUUUGCCCUGAAUACUUCCAGGAUGUGACGGUGUUUCCACCUGAAUACUGACAUUGUUUUCUAUGGAAGCUGGAUAAAAAGUAACUGUUACAAAGGUG